AUGGCCAACUCUGUAUUAAACCAGCUUUACUAUCGGAAGGAGCAGAGGGUACCUGACUUAUGCAGGGCAGCUGAAAGUGUGCCGAACCUGCGGGAGGUCAGGCCACAUGGCGGCGGACUGCAAGGUCACGAUCUGUCGGAACUGCAAGAAGGAGGGCCACCCGACCAAAGAAUGCAAGGAGGCAAAAAACUGCAAUCUGAGCGGGGAGGCGGGCCACGUGUACAAGGCCUGCCCAAGACAUGGGGCCGCCACCUACGCGGGGAUGGGCCACAAACCAGCAAGGGAACGGUGUCUGGGGGCACGCAAAAAGAAGGACAGGCCGGAGCAGAGCAGACGCCAGCUACUGGAGAGGGACAGCUGCCGAGCAAAGCUCCGACAGGACAGGCGGAGGAGGAGGAGAAGGGAAAGAAGGAGGCAGAGGAAUGGAUCCUGGUGCAAAACAAGAGGAGGAAAACCCACCCAGCUGCCAAAACCUCCCAGAGAAAGGGGAAAAGGCAGCUGCAUGGGGAUGACACGGACAGCUCUUCAGAGUGUGAGGACGGACGUAAGGAGGGUCGUCACCAAAAGAAGAGGCAGAGUGCUGCAGGGAGAAAGGAGAGCAGCAACUGCCAACCAAGGGACGAACCUCCUGAGGCAAUGAGAAGCUGCCAUCUCCCACCAGGUGAAAGCCAAGAGGGCCCCACCGCCACACAGCUCCAGGUCACUGGGAGCAGCGACCCUCUGACAGUCCUGCUGUCAGAUAUAGAAGCAGACAGCGUGUACCCCGGUCGCAGCCUGAUGACACCGGAGCAGGCAAAUGGACCGAGUGAGGAGCUGGACAGCUACUUCAGCCCUCCGAGGGUCCAGCACUUCAUAUUUUCUAAAAUGGCGCUGACCAGAGGUUGUUUGAGGCUUCGCGGACCGAGAGGAUGUUAUUUUUCCGACUUUUUACACUAUCCGACUGUUUAUGUAUCCCAGCUUACUGGUCACCCACUCUCUCAAUUUUUCACAACUGCGAAGAGGAGAAGCAUCAUCUCAAAGGUCAAACGUUUGAAUGCAAAAUAUGAACAAUUUCUGGAAAGAAACUUUCCACGUUUUUAUGUGAUCUAUUCAACCUUUUUCAGAGGUUUCCAUUUAUUGUAUCUUGACUUUAAGGAAGUCACUGGAAUAAAACAUAAGAUGGCUGAUCAGGGGCUGAAGUACAACCAGCUGCAUUACAGGGAAAUGGAAAAAUUAAGACAGUUUCGCAGAGAUAUUAUAAAGGUGAUACCUGUGGUGCUGCUAUCACUUCCGCCAUUUGCAAACUAUAUGGUGUUUGUAUUGAUGUAUUUCUUUCCACGGCAGCUGUUAAUAAGACACUUCUGGAACCUCGAACAGCAGAAGGAGUACAUGGAAAUCUACCACUCCAUACGGGCUGAGGUUUACCCAAAUGCUGUGAAGAAUUUGAUCAAAGCAGUGUCAAGAUUUCCAGACAAAAGACUGAAAAACCAACUAUUGCAGCUUGGCACUAAAGUUCAGGAAGGUAUCCACCCAGAAAUCUCCAAGCUGUAUUUGGUGGCAAAGCCUUUCUCGGGGCGUCCAUUAGAAAUACGAUACAUGAAUGCACGCCAGACGAAAACCUUGAGCAAGGUGAUGUUUCUGACUCCACACUUGCCUACCUUCAUCAUGCGCCAUCGCCUCCGGAGCCACAUAAUGGAGAUUCAUCAUUUGGACCAAGCUCUCAAUGUCUUCGGUGUUCACAACCUGUCAGAGGAUGAACUGAGGACUGCAUGUUAUAUAAGAGGUCUGAACUCGGUGCACCUGAAUGCAGCAGAGUGUAAGGAAUGGUUAACCAAAUGGGUGCAACUUUCUAAGAAGUUAAAAGAUUCUGAAGCCUCGCUGCUGUUACAUAGCAUGGUGUUACUUUCCAUAAAUUACCACAAUUCCAGAAAAAGCAAGUAAGCCUUAGAUGGGCAAUUCCAGUUUUGCAUUUGUUUACUUAAGACAUCUGUGUUGUGUUGACAACGUACUAUUCCUACAUUACUGCAAGAAUGAGACUCCAGAAUUCAAAAGAUUGUCAUAGCUCGCCUCUUAUUGUGUAAUGAUUGUGUUUUGGAGGCAGAUUUCCCCUAAUGAAAUUCAAUGCAUUUAUCUGAGUGAGAAAGAAAAAUAUGUAUUCCAUCGUUUACUUAAAAGCACACACAUGAAUUAAUUUAAAAGAAACAAUGCUUUUGGACCAGUACUUUUAUAGCUUACUGCAGUGGGAGAUCAUUUUUGAUAUGUUUGCAGUCAAGUCAUGUGCAGAUUUUUGAUUGUUGGAAGAUUUGACCAGUAGUAAAGGGACACUUAAAAUUGCUAUUAAAAUAAGAGGUUAAUAUAAUGUCAUAAGUUAUGUGCAAAUGCCUUAGCAACUUCAGACAAAGCCAAGUGUGUGAUCAAAUGCAGCAAUGUUGCAGUCAAAGCUGCACUGCUCCUUCCUUUGCUUUGUGGUAAAGGCAUUUCACUGUCUGGCUCAUUAUUCAAAUGCUUUGAAACUUGGCCUAUAUAAACAACGUCUUUUUUUUAAAAAAGUCACUGAAUACUUCCUCAAAUUUUCCCCAUUUCACUUUUCACUUAAUGCAGCUAUUGAUUUUGCAGUUGAAAUAUAGAGGGGCAUGGAAAAUUCACCUUUUGCAUAGUAGAUGGAACUCAUGACCAACCUAAUGCUUAUGAUUCAUGCUCCAAUGUUCAAGAUAUUCAGGUCAAUCAUACCAAAACUAAAGCAAAAUAUUGCAGAUGCUGGAAAUCUGAAAUAAAACCAAAUUCUGAAAAGACUCAAACGCUUAAGAAUGAGAAAUAGAGUUAACGUUUCAGAUCAUUGACCUUUUGUCAGAAUUCUGCUGGCCAAACACAUUGAAGUACCUGAUGUCAAGUGGGGCUAGAUCUACUGUUUUAAGUGUAUUUAUGGCACUCUGAUAUUUCAUUAAUGGCCAUAUAAAUUGGUGUUAGUGCAUUUUUGGAGAGUAUUUUUGCAUUUGCUGAAUGCUUUAAGCUUGUAGCUACCUGUAUAAUCAAAUAGAAUGUCAUGUCUUUGUCAAAACUGCUGGCUCAGUUUACUGAGGGAUUGUUAUAAGACGCUGAUUUGAAUAUUUAUCUCAACUCAAAGGGAAGAAAGUGAUGUUUACUUAAUUAUCUGCUGCCCACGUUAAUUCCUCUGCCAAUAAUAGCCAACAAGAGUGAGUGCAAAUUAGUGGAGCUUCUACACUGUCUUACUUGAAGUAUUGCUGCCUACUAUAUGCCCAUAUUGUUUUGAUUUUAUCUUAUUUUUUAAAAAUAUCAUUAGUCCCAGUUUCUGUUUCACACUGCACCUUGUGAUGUAGUUCCACCGCACCAGUACACUGUCACCUGAGCAAUGAGUUUUGCUAUUCAAAAUAUAUGGUUGCUUCAUGACACUAAAGUAGAAGCACUGAUACCAAGAAUUCAAUAGGAGUCGUCUACCAGAGCUUGAAUAUUGUACAGGGUCAUUUUUCUUAAAUUCAAAAUUCUGACUCUGCUACACUGUAGAAUCCUGGAUCAUUGUUGCUGUUUAUGCAACUCAAGUUAGGUUUACUCCUCCUACUUUCCACCUCAAUCUUUAUGCUGCAAUGCUGUGUGAUGUGUUUAGAGUACCUUAGGUACAGAGGAGUGGAGCUUGAAAUAUUUCUUUCAAAGUUGGACAGAAGAUGAUAUAGGUGGUUUUCAUCUUAAGCAUUCAGCCAGUGGCUGAAUGGAUUGCCUUGCAAAACAUCUAUCCAAUUGAGAGUGAAGAUGAAAAGAACCUUCCAAGCUCUGUCCUUUCCAAACAAGGGCAGCAAGUUGACAUCUGAAACUGUGCCAUUUAUUAACACAAGUGAACAACUUGAAUCGUUUUGUGAAUUUCGAGUUUAGAUUUCCCAAACAGUGAGCAUGAACUAACAUUACUCAUGCAUGCCUAAGCAGGCAUUUGAAUUAAUAGCACCUACCUUGCACUGAUAACCUGCUUAUAUGUUCCAGUACUACUGAUUGUUUCUUUGGAAUUGCACAUCGCAUAAGACAUUUUAAAAAAAAGUUUACUUGAAUUUUUUUUUAAUGUGAAGAUGGAUACCUUCAUGUCAUAAGUAUUUUUAUUCAGAGAUGUACUGUGAGUGGAUAUGUGUUUGGAAUGCUAAUGAGGUUUGUGCAUAAAAUGGCCUCUGUUUUGGCUAAUGUCAAUGUGGAAAAAUAUAUGCCUGG